AGUUGACUCAACUCAACACAUCUACAUUUGAUUCUCAGACUUUGCUUCAAACUAUCUCUUAUUGAUUUCACAGGUCAUGGAAAUUGGCAGAGAGGAUGAGCUUAUAGACAUUUCAAUUUCACCCUCAUCAGGUGCUUCCACAAACAUAGUAAGGAACUAUGGUCACAACAAGGAGUUCAUGUCUCAUCAAAAUAGGUACUCAGAGAUUGACAUAGUAGUUGAAGAUUCCAGUUCCAAUCACAAUCCACCCCUCCCCAUAUUUCUAAAGUUUGAAGAUGUGGAGUUUAAGGUGAGAAAUAGCCAAGCUGGCUCUAAUAACCCUGUGAAGACCAUGGUGUCAAAGGUAUCCACACAACUCACUGUGGAAGAUGAGAGAUACAAGAGAAUUUUGAAGGGCAUCACAGGAAGCAUUGGCCCUGGUGAAAUUCUUGCUCUGAUGGGUCCUUCUGGAAGUGGGAAGACGACCUUGUUGAGAGUUAUAGGAGGAAGGUUGCUUGACAAUGUAAAGGGGAAAAUAACUUACAAUGAUGUUAAAUUUACUGCAGCUAUCAAGAGGAGGAUUGGAUUUGUGACACAAGAGGAUGUUCUUUUCCCACAAUUAACUGUGGAAGAAACACUAAUCUUCUCAGCAUUCCUAAGGCUGCCAAACAAUAUGAGCAAGCAGGAAAAAUAUGAGAAAGUAGAUGACACUGUCAAGCAACUAGGCCUUGAAAGAUGUCGCAACACGAAAAUAGGUGGAGGAUAUCUCAAAGGCAUAUCAGGAGGGGAAAGGAAGAGAACCAGCAUAGGCUAUGAAAUUCUUGUUGACCCUUCAUUGUUGUUGCUUGAUGAACCAACUUCAGGCCUUGAUUCCACCUCAGCAAACAAACUCCUUCUCACACUUCAAGAACUUGCUAAGGAUGGAAGGACCAUAAUCACAACAAUACAUCAGCCAUCCAGCAGAAUCUUUCACAUGUUUGACAAACUUCUUCUGAUAUCAGAAGGCUAUCCAGUUUACUAUGGGAAAGCUAGAGAAACGAUGGAGUACUUUUCUUCUUUGAGGUUCAUACCGCAAAUACCGAUGAAUCCAGCAGAGUUCUUGCUUGACUUGGCAACUGGUCAAGUGAAUGACAUAAGUGUUCCAACAGAUAUUUUUCAAGAUCAUGAAUCUUCUGACACUUCAAAAAAUGUUAUUAAAUAUCUACAACUCAAGUACAAAGCUUUACUGGAGCCAAAAGAGAAAGAAAAGAACCAUGGAGCACCAAACACACCAGAACACCUUCAACUAGCCAUUCAGGUUAAGAAAGAGUGGACACUGAGUUGGUUUGACCAAUUCAUGAUUCUCUCUAGGAGAACAUUCAAAGCAAGAUGCAAGGACUACUUUGAUAAGUUAAGACUAGUUCAAGCCCUUGGACUUGCACUUCUGUUAGGCCUCCUUUGGUGGAAAUCUUCAACAAACACAGAGGCUCAACUCAGAGAUCAAGUUGGUCUAGUGUUUUAUAUCUGUAUAUUCUGGACAUCUACAUGCAUUUUUGGAGCAGUUUAUGUCUUUCCAUUUGAAAAGUACUACUUGAUAAAAGAAAGGAAAGCUGAUAUGUACAGAUUAAGUGUCUACUAUGCAUGCAGCACUCUCUGUGACAUGGUGGCACAUGUUUUCUAUCCUACAUUUUUCAUGAUUAUCUUGUACUUCAUGGCUGGUUUUAAGAGGACUGUCGCUUGCUUCUUCCUCACAUUGUUUACUGUUCUGCUCAUAGCUAUAACAAGUCAAGGAGCAGGAGAACUUUUUGGAGCUGCAGUUAUGAGUAUUAAAAGAUCAGGGAAUGCUGCUUCUUUGAUACUAAUGUUAUUCCUUCUUACAGGUGGCUACUAUGUCCAGCACAUACCAAAGUUCAUGAGGUGGUUGAAGUAUUUGUCAUUCAUGUACUAUGGUUUCAGGCUUCUUCUGAAGGUGCAGUAUUCAGGAGACCAACUAUAUGAUUGUGAAAGCUUGGGAGGGUGCAGGCCCCUCCAAAGUUCACCUACAUUUGACACAGUGAACUUGAAAGGUGGCUUAGAAGAAGUUUGGGUUCUGCUAGCCAUGGCUAUAUGUUUCCGCUUGUUAGCAUACUUUUUCCUCCGCAAAAGAAUUGAUGUCCGCAACUAAGCUAUGAAUGGUGUAGUUUCCUGAAAAGAAUCAUAGAACGUUUGGUUCCGCAUUAUAAUUGAAAGAUUCGUAAUCACUAAUGGAGAGAAGCUAUACUUUCUGAAAUUAC